UCUGUGUUGAUCUCUGUAUGGGCUGUGAAUGAUUGCUACGUAAAAGAUACAGGGAACAUAACAUAAAUUGGCGAUGAGGUGCGUAGUUCUGAAGACGUUUUACUGGUCAUCAGAACAAAAGAAGAACCACGUUGGAAGCUAGCUAGUGAGCUAGAGUGUAUCUGUUAAGAGGUGAUGAGCCAAUCUUCUAACGAAGACUCCAUCAUUGAAGUGCAAGCAACUGGGAGCAGACGCAUCAUGGCGGGAAUAAUUGGAAAUAUGGAUCCCUUUGAUGAUACCGGUGAACAAUGGGCAACGUAUAUUGAGCGUUUUGAACAUUACAUUCUGGCUAAUGAGAUCAGAACAGCUAAGAAAGUGCCGGUGUUGUUUAGUGUGAUGGGACCAACAACUUAUGGAUUACUUUGCAGUUUGGUGGCUCCUGACAAGCCUGGGGAGAUGGAUUAUGGACGUGUUGUGGAAGUAUUGCAAGCCCAUUUCGCUCCAAGACCGCUUGUUAUAGCGGAAAGAUUCCGGUUCCACAAGCGUAAUCAGGGGGAAGAGGAAACUGUUGCACAGUACGUUGCUGUACUGAAAAGACUUUCGGAACAUUGUGAGUUCGGUGCUUAUCUUGAAGACGCACUACGGGACAGAUUUGUCUGUGGACUAAAGACUGAAACAGUUCAGAAGUGCCUUUUAACCGAGAAGGAUCUCACUUUUCAGAAAGCAGUGGAUUAUGCGGUGUCGGCAGAGACAGCCACACGCGACGUGCAGCAAUUAAGUAGUUCACUUAAAGUGCAUGCAAUAAGUGCCAACAAAGGUGACCAAUGCCGCAGGUGCGGGAAAAUGAACGAUACAGAUAAAGACUGCUGGUACAAAGAUCGCGACUGUUACCAGUGUGGGAGGAAAGGCCAUUCCAAACACAUGUGUAAGAGUAAAGCCAGAAUCACCCAAGCCAGAAGCAGCCAAGACAGAGAAUGGAGACAGAAAGGUAAUACAAUGAAGCGCAGUGUUAAAGACAGAAAGAAGAGAAUUCAUCAUGUUGAUGCUAGGAAUGUUAGUGAAAGUGAUGAGACUAAAUCUGACACUGGAUCUGAGUUGGGACUUUAUGCCUUGUCGGAAAAAGGGAAAUAUUCCAGAAUCUCUGUGCUGCCUAGAGUUAAUGGAAAGAAAAUGGAAAUGGAAUUGGAUACUGGGGCUGCUGUGUCUUUAAUUUAUUGGGAACUGUAUAAAAGCAAGUUAAGUAAAUUACCUCUGCAACCCACUGAGAUAAUGCUCAAAACUUACACUGGAGAGCCAUUGGCACCGGAAGGGGUGAUCAAAGUACAAGUUAAGUUAAAUAAGCAGUGUGCUGUUUUGCCUUUGUACAUAGUGAAAGUUGAUGCACCUCCACGGUUUGGCCGAGAGUGGCUGAGAGUUAUCAAACUGAAUUGGAAAGACUUGAAGACAGUGCAUGCCUUUGAGCAAAGAGAGAAAGACAGCUUGAAGUUGGUGUUAAAGAGACACUCAGCUGUGUUCUCUACAGAGUUAGGCACACUGAAGCAGAUUAAAGCCACACUGACUGUUAGACCUAACAGUAUACCUAAAUUCUGCCCCCCACGUAAUGUGCCCUAUGCACUUCGACCUUGAGUUGAAGCCGAGCUGAAGCGCCUAACUGAGCUUGGGGUGAUCUCACCAUUGGAGAAUAGUGAGUGGGCCACACCUGUGGUGCCAGUUAUCAAGAAGGAUGGCACAGUUAGACUGUGUGGCGAUUUCAAGGUCACCCUCAACCAAGCUCUCUGCGUGGAUAGAUACCCACUACCACGCAUUGAAGACAUUUUUGCCUCUCUAGCAGGAGGGUAACGCUUCAGUAAGUUAGACUUAUCUAAUGCCUAUCUGCAGAUGGAGGUAGAAGAGAAGUGUAGGAAGCUGCUAACUAUCUCCACACAGAAAGGGCUAUUCCGCUUUAAUCGCUUGCCCUUUGGAGUAGCGUCAUCACCUGGCUUGUUCCAAAAGGCUAUGGAUCAAGUACUGCUCGGACUACCUUACACACACUGUUACCUGGACGACAUCCUCAUCAGUGGUCCUGAUGAACAGACUCACCUCAAAGCGCUGGAUUCAGUCCUAGGCAGGCUAGAGGAGUAUGGCCUGCAUCUCAAACAAGAGAAGUGCCUGUUUUUCCAGAAGUCUGUGGAAUACUUGGGCCACAUCAUUGACGCGGCCGGGCUCCACAAAUCACCGGAGAAGGUACGUGCUAUUGUGGAAGCACCAGCACCACAUGAUGUCAGCCAGCUACGUUC